AUGCCUCACAUAUCAGAUCGAGAAUACUCUCCAGGCUUUCUAGUGCCACCCGACCCUGCUUUCACAUCCCCUUCCAGCUCUCGACCGAGCACUUCUGCUAGCUCCGUUUCCACAGCCCCUUCCAGUCUCUCCGAUGAUGCAUGCAGAGACGAUAUAGAAGACACAUCGAAGCCAGUCGAGACACCGCGAUUGGACAUCGAAUCCAUCCAAAGACCUAAUGAAAAUUCGAUCAACAUUACCUUCUCGCUCUCCAAGGCCACCUCGUCUUCUCCUUUUGCUCUAGGGGUGAACGCUCAUACAGGCCCAGACGAGUCACCCCCAGAAAUCUCACACAGCGGGCAUUCAGAUGAAGGGGACACCGACUCUGAGGUGUCCGAGCCUGAAGAACCAGUCCCGCCGCGGCCUUAUUGCAAGAAUCCUUUCCAAUUCUGCCCUUCACCAGCCGCUGAAGAAUGGGAGAAAAGGAAAGCAGCCCGAGGUGAAGUAAACGACGUGAUAGAUAGGCUGAUGCGCUACCAGGGGUUGGAGGAGGUCAAGCAGCAAUUUUUGGACAUCAAGUCCAAGGUCGACAUUUGUGAGAGCCAAGGACGUAGCUUGAAUAGGGAGCGUUUCAAUGUCGUUUUCCAAGGAAAUCCGGGAACUGGCAAAACAACCUUCGCACGACUGUAUGCCGAGUUCUUGCACUCCGUUGGGGUGAUAAAUUCAAGUUAUUUCAAAGAGACAGCUGGCAUUGCUCUCGCUGUAAAAGGGGCAGAGGGAGCCCAGGACGAAGUUGAAGACAUACUCAAUCACAACGGGGGGGUCUUGUUCAUAGACGAGGCAUACCAGCUCACUGCAGCGUACAUUGAAGCUCUUGGAAAACAAGCACUGGACUUUCUCCUAAAAGCUAUGGAAGACAACAUUGGCAAACUGGUGGUGGUAUUUGUAGGUUACAAAGAGGAGAUGGAGUCAUUCUUUGAGCACAACCCAGGCCUUACCAGCCGAAUCCCAUGGACUAUGCACUUUGCCGAUUUCACCGAUGCCGAGCUCUGGGAGAUUCUCUACGACAACAUCCACGUCGGAUACCGAGGAAAUAUGAGAGUCGACGGCGGGAUGGAUGGGAAACCUAUGCGUAUCGCCGUCCGCCGUCUCGCCCAGUCUCGGGGCAACAGAGGAUUCGGAAACGCGAGAGCAGUGGAGAAUCUCAUCAGUCAGAUAUCGUCUCGACAGGCUAGGCGGCUUCAAAAGCUGAGAGUUCAGGGGCAGGAGCCUGAUUGCAACUUUUUCACGCAGGAAGACGUGAUUGGGCCUGACCCUUCCGAUGUCCUCCAGAGCAGCCACGCAUGGAACGAACUCCAAAAGCUUAUCGGCUUAGACACCGUCAAGAAGAAUGUGCGAACAAUGAUUGGAAUGAUCCAGAAGAAUUACCGCAGAGAAUUGAAAGAGAUCAAGCCGUUCCAGCUUCCUUUGAAUCAGCUCUUCGUGGGAGCUCCUGGAACAGGCAAAACUACCGUUGCAAAACUCUAUGGGCAAAUCCUGAACGACCUGGGCCUUCUCACCCGAGGCGAUUUGAUCGUGAAGAACCCAGCCGAUUUUAUCGGAGAAUGCUUGGGAAAGUCAGAAGCCAAAACGAGAAAGAUUCUCGAGGCCACCGUAGGGAGGGUGUUAGUUAUCGACGAGGCGUACAUGUUGGACCCUGGUGAUCCCAACAAGGAGCAAGACAAGUUCAAGACUGGUGUCCUCGACACUUUAGUCUCCAUCAUCCAGGGGGUUCCAGGUGAAGAUCGCUGUAUCAUCUUCGUAGGAUACGAGGAUCGCAUCCGCAAUAUGUUCCACAACGCAAAUCCAGGCCUCUCUCGACGCUUUCGUGUUGAUCGUCCAUUUCGAUUCCAAAACUUCACGAUCAACCAGCUGCUGCAAGUUAUGCAGCUAAAAAUGGAGCAGAAGGAUCUGUCCUGUACACCGGAAGCGUGGGAAGUCGCUCGAGACGUGUUAGAGCGGGCUCUUAUGCGUCCAAACUUUGGCAACGCCGGAGAUGUCGACAACUGUCUGGCUGCUGCUCAGAUGAAUUUCGAGCAGAGGCAGUCGGCCAAGCCGCUUCAUGAACAGGCCUGCGAUGAGGAUCUGCAGCCUCAAGAUUUCGACCCAGAUUGGGAUCGAAUUUCGAGGGGAGCAACAGAUUGUCAGCGUUUGCUGUCGGGAAAAGUGCACCAGAACAUAAUUGACAAGUUUGUGAAUUAUCAAAAGCGAUGCCUUGGUGCGCGAAAAUACGGCUUUAGGCCUCGCGACCUAGUGCCUACGAACUUCGUCUUCGCAGGGCCCGCGGGAACCGGUAAAUCGACCGCAGCUUGUCAAAUGGGCCGUAUCUUUUACAACAUGGGGCUCCUCUCCGCCCCUGAAGUUGUCGAGCACUCGGCGAGCGACCUGAUCGGCCAGUACGUUGGACAAACCUCCCCUAAGACCCGCAAACUGCUCGAGUUGGCCAGCGGCAAAGUCCUCUUCAUCGACGAAGUUCAUCGCCUGGCUUCGGGCCAGUUCGCAGCGGAAGCGGUUGAUGAGCUGGUUGGGUUUCUCACUCAGCAGGAGAAUGCGGGAAAGAUGGUGGUCAUCCUCGCUGGGUACCAGUCUGACAUACGCAAUCUGAUGUCCAAUCGUCCUGACCUCUCUGGCCUAUUUAAAGAGGAGAUCGCGUUCGACGAGCUGUCGCCUGAAGACUGCGUUGCUAUUCUUCUCCGAGAGCUGGACGCCAAUCGGAUCACUACUGAAUCGGACUUCCUACGAGUUCGUGAAAGUAGAGGCCAUUCCAAUGUGCGAAAACUGUUCAAAGCUUUGAUAGCGUUGCCCGGCUGGAGCAACGCGCGUGACGUGAAAUAUUUGGCGACACAAAUAUUGGGCAAUUUCCUGGAAUCCGCCGCUGAUAACACAACGUCCGACCGGACUCUUUCAGCUGAUCAUGUCGAGGCCUGCAUCAUGGAUAUGAUCACCCUGAGCACAAACCGAUGUAAGAAGCUUGGAGACGAUGGGAAUACCGCCCUCCCGAUUUCACCUCCCCACGCGAACCACGACCCGGAGCCAGCAACACUCGAAGAGACUCAGGCUUCCCCGCCGCCACCGAGGAUCGAUCCUGCGAUCUGCACUCCAGGAGGAGAUACAGCCUGUGAUGUCGACGUCAACGUCAACACGCAACACAAGCCGGACCGCGAACACCAGCCAGGCCCAUCCAAAUCGAAGCAGCGAGAGCGCGACGACGAACCAGUCCCGAACCAGCGCCGAAGCCAACACACAAACGAUACUGACGCCCAAUCCAGUGAUGAGACCCAUGUGUCAAUCCCCCGGGCUCUCCAGCGCCAACAAUCCCCAAAAGUGGAGCAACACGAGAAACAGGAGCCCUCUUCCAGGCCGCAGUCCCUUCACAACAGUGAGGAAUUGGAACAUCAGGCGAGCCUCUCUGAGCACCAGGUCCCCGUGGAAGCGACAUGGAAGCAAAGAAAAAGACGGGCUACCCAGGCUCAAUUACAGACUGGUGUGACCAAAAUCAACACGAAGACAAAUUCAGGUACCCGCACCCUGAUUCGUAGAGCACGCCGCUGGUUAUCUAAGCUUUUGAAGAGAGGCAGGAAGCGUGAAAAGCAGGAAACGAGGGUCUCCUCUCACCCUGGUCGAUGUGAAGCAGGAUAUGCCUGGAAUGCGGUUCCUGGAGGCUACCAGUGUGAAGGCGGACACCACUUUAUGCCAGCAUCAUAG